ACCAUUCUCUCACGCGGCGUCAGGCGAAAAAGUAAACGUUUUCAUGAGAUCAAGUCCGUAUCACAGUGCCUUACAGUGCGGUGAAGUUUCUGUGCGCUCUUAGGAAUAGCCUACGUGUAUAUCGAUUUGUUGAAAUCAUAACGACAAUGUCUCAAGGGGGACUCAGCGACAUUUCCUUUUCUCAGGGAGCUCGUCUUAUGUUUUAUCUUGUCACACCCAACGAGACCUCUUUUUCGCAUGUUGACGAAGUUCCCCAAUAUGUACAGAAGGCCACUCCGUUCUUCAUUGGCUUGAUACUUGUGGAGUUGCUGGUGGGCUGGUUAAAAAGAGGACAUCUGAUAGUGAAGAUUCAUGAUGUGACCACCUCUGUCUCAGCAGGCAUGAUGUCUCGCCUCCCACAGCUCUUUAUGAGAGGUAUAGAGAUAUCCAGCUAUGUGUAUAUUUGGAAUAACUAUCACAUUGUGGAACUGCCUUGGGAUUCAGCAUGGACGUGGUGGAUUGGAAUGCUUGGUGUGGACUUUGGAUACUACUGGGUCCAUCGUUUCAGUCAUGAGCUGAAUAUCCUCUGGGCUGCCCAUCAGGUUCACCAUAGCUCAGAGUACUAUAACCUCUCCACAGCACUCAGACAGUCUCUGCUGCAGCAGUUCUCCUCCUGGAUCUUCUACCUCCCGAUGGCUCUGGCUGUCCCGCCAUCUGUGUUUGCAGUACACAUACAGUUUAACCUGCUCUACCAGUUCUGGAUCCAUACUGAGAUGGUGAGAGAUCUUGGUCCUCUGGAGUGGGUCCUAAAUACACCCAGUCACCACAGAGUUCACCAUGGACGAAACAAGUACUGCAUUGAUAAGAACUAUGGAGGUGCUCUGAUCAUCUGGGACAGACUCUUCGGAACGUUUGCACCAGAGGGCAAUAAAGUUAUCUAUGGUCUUGUUCACCCCAUCAAAAAAUCUGACAUCAUGCAUGUCCAGUUCCACCACUAUCGUUACAUUUGGAGAAAAUUCUGGAGGACUAAGGGCAUUGCACACAAGCUGUCUGUUAUCUUUAAAGGGCCAAGCUGGGCGCCAGGCAAGCCGAGACUGGGCGAUCACGCUGAUGUCCCUGUGCUUACAGGAAAAGAGCUCCCUCACGACCCCAGGCUACCACUCUUCAUGGAUAUUUAUGUGUUCGCCCAGUUCCUGUUGUUACUGCAUGUUUACAAUGAUCUGUUUGUCACAAAGGCCGUGCUUUCUCAGGUGACCAUGCUGAUAAUGACUUCCUUUGUUUUACUGUCACUCACCUCCCUUGGAUAUAUCAUUGAUAAGAGGUCGAACUCUGCCAAACUGGAGAUGCUCCGGUGCCUUCUAAUGAUGCUGUUUUAUAGAGCUGGAUACAUUAGGCCUUCUGGAUAUCCCCUGUCCCUGAUCACUGAGGCUUUCAUCUCUCUGUCUGCUGGCUAUUGGGGCCUGCAGUUCUUCUCUCAACUGGCUCAUCACAACAAGAAGGGGCAGUGAAUGAAAGAUCAAAAGAUGAAAAAUAUGACGUGUUAUAUAUGAAUUAGCAAGUCCAGUACAUGUAUUUGCACUGUACGCAUUCUUCUCUUGCUAUAUUUCAUCUUGGGAUCUGUAGUAACGGAGAUGCUUUUGAUCAUAAAUGACUGUGUAAUAGGAAGGAGAUGCUGUUUACUAUGUUACAUGUUGUUAAAUCAUUAAUUAAAAAUGUCAUUAAUAAAAUGAACUGCAUGAAGUA